UCCCACCUUGACUAUCCUUAUCAUUUUUGACAGAUCAUCGCAACAAAAUAUUACUAAAAGAAAACAGAAAAGAGACAUGGGUUCUGUUCUUCUUACAUCAUCAGCCUUUAUCAGGGUUUUUCUCCUAGCGUUAUGUGCUGUCUCGUUACUACCUGGUUUGGCACUUGCAAAGCAUGCAGGCAUUACCAGGCGCUACAAGUUUGACAUUAGGACGCAAAAUGUGACAAGGUUGUGCCAAACAAAGAGCAUUGUGACCGUCAAUGGCCAGUUUCCAGGUCCUCGAAUAAUAGCAAGGGAAGGUGAUCGCCUUCUCAUCAAGGUGGUUAACCAUGUUCAAUACAAUAUCACUCUUCACUGGCAUGGAAUCCGACAGCUGAGGACUGGAUGGGCUGAUGGACCGGCCUAUAUCACUCAGUGUCCAAUUCAGACUGGACAAUCCUAUGUAUACAACUUCACCAUCACUGGCCAAAGAGGGACCUUAUUUUGGCAUGCUCACAUCUCUUGGCUAAGAGCUACUCUUUAUGGACCUAUUGUCAUCCUCCCAAAACGACAUGCCUCUUAUCCAUUUCCCCAACCAUUCAAAGAAGUUCCUAUCAUUUUUGGCGAGUGGUGGAAAGCAGACACAGAAACUAUAUCAACCAGGCCAUGGCAACCAGGGGCACCAAAUAUCUCAGAUGUCUUCACCAUUAAUGGUCUACCAGGUCCCUCUUACAACUGCUCAGCCAAAGAAACAUUCAAGCUUAAGGUGAAGCCAGGUAAAACGUACCUUCUGCGCCUGAUCAACGCUGCACUCAACGAUGAGCUCUUUUUCAGAAUUGCAAACCACACCGUCACUGUUGUAGAAGCCGAUGCAGUCUAUGUCAAACCUUUCAAAACAGAUAUUGUUCUUAUCACUCCAGGGCAGACCACUAAUGUCCUUCUCAAGGCCAAAUCCAAGGCCUCCGGCGCCAACUUUGCUCUCAGCCGACCUUAUGCCACUGGCCCUGCCACUUUUGACAAUACCACGACAAUCGGAAUUCUAGAGUAUGAGAAAUCUGCCUCUGCUCAAACUCAACAAGAAACUCCCGCUUCUAAAGCAAAACUUCCACAGUUUAAUGACUCCACCUAUGCUAUGAAAUUCAACCAGAAAAUCCGUAGCCUCGCCACAACUAAAUUCCCUGCUAAAGCUCCAAAAAAUGUUGAUAGGCGCUUCUUCUUCACAGUCGGACUAGGGAUACUCCCAUGCUCACAAAACCAAACUUGCCAAGGUCCCAACAACACUAGGCCAGCUGCUGCAGUAAACAAUGUUACAUUUGUGCAACCAAAUAUUGCUCUUCUCCAGGCUCACCUUAACCGAUCGAAAGGAGUAUACACCACCAAUUUCCCAGCGAACCCACCAUUCAAGUUUAAUUACACAGGCACACCACCUAAAAACAUAAUGUUGGACAGUGGCACCAAGGUGGUGGCGCUACCUUUUAACACUAGCGUGGAGUUGGUGAUGCAGGAUACUAGCAUCCUUGGUGCAGAAAGCCACCCUUUACAUCUUCAUGGGUUCAAUUUCUUUGUGUUGGGUCAAGGAGUUGGCAACUUUGACCCCAAGAAGGACCCUGCCAAGUUCAAUCUUGUAGAUCCCGCGGAGAGGAACACCGUGGGUGUGCCAUCUGGUGGAUGGGUCGCCAUUCGUUUCCUUGCAGACAAUCCUGGUGUCUGGUUUAUGCACUGCCAUCUGGAAGUACACACUAGCUGGGGCUUGAAGAUGGCAUGGGUUGUCAACGAUGGAAAGGGCCGCAAACAGAAGCUGCUACCUCCGCCUGCUGAUCUUCCUAAAUGUUGAAAUCCGAUUGUUGCUCUAUCCCUUCCUCUUUUUUUUUUCUACUAUUACAAUUUUACGGUAUUCAUUCUAUUCUUUUAUUUCCUAUUCUUAUUACAUAUGCCAAGAGAAUAGUUUCUACGCUCUCUAUAGCUUAAGCCUGUAUUUGGUUCUACUAUUACUCCAGCACCAACACCAGAAAAAGAACUGGUGUGGCUUUUUGUAUAGGUUAUUAUCAGUCUAUCUACAACCGUAAGAACUAUUGUUAUGUGACAGAAUCUACAUAAACAGAUCUCUACAAAUACAAUUGUCCUA